AUGGCUUAUACAUUUCAUGCGCGAAUCAACAAUUUAUGGUCUAUUUGGUAUACGAUUAUUAUUGUGCUUUUGCAAUCAUAUUUGUUAUAUCUUGGUUUUGAACGCUAUAAACUUUAUUCCGAAAUGAAAUGGCCACAUGGGGCAUAUCCAAGAUUAUGGCUGAAAGUUUAUAUUAUCUUAUAUUCGAUAUGUGUUCCUGGCUUAGUAUUAUUUAUUGCGUCUGGUGUAUUCAAAUCGGGAAAUAUAGCGGGAGAUAAUGAUCGACUUGGUGAUCGAGCUGAAAGAGUUAUUCAGUCAUGCGAUAUGCAAUCUAAAGGUUUUAAAUUUUUAUAA